CGCAGGCUCCGCAGACACAAGACACAAGUGUGGUGAGUGGGAGUUUGGGACAGCAGUCAGGAGGAGUUGACUACUCACUGGUCAGUGUUUUUGUUUUUAUUGUCAUUAUUCCCAAUUAUUCCAUACUUCAAGUUCCAAAAUAAUAAUCAUCACAGAAAAGUUGGAUAUUAUCUUUGUUACCUUACUAGGUAUUUGUGAUUCUACUUAUGUGUGCUCAUGGAUUCUGAUUUUCGUGAUACAAACUAUUGCUGAUUAUUUUUAUCAUCCUAACAAGAUCUCAUGACGCUCACCGAUACUGCCAUCACAGGAAAACUAAUGAGGCUUACUGCAAUUACGCCAUAAACAAUUUUUCCGCAAUAGGACGAUAACGAAUGAUAAGAUUAGGACCGGAAUGAAAUGAAUUCGCAUCUAGAAUCUAAUCCCUGAAUUCUAGAGUUAGUUGUGAAUAAUGGCUCGAAGUAAAUCGAAGUCGGCCAACGCUGGUAGAGACACAAGACGAUCGACGAACAUCCUGAUAUUGUUAGCCACCUUUGCCAUCCUAUUCGUCGCUGUCGAUUUGACAGAUGGCAGCUUCGCCAACAGCAUUGACAAAAUCAACAGGAACCUUGAGGUGGCGCUCAGGGAUUUGGGGGAGAAUAUGCCAGAUUACAGCAAUUAUAGUGAUGCACAAGUGUAUCUCAGCACCAAUGCGACUUUCAAUCCGAGUGCGAUGGCCGGUUUAUACAACCUCACCAGAAGAUUCAUCGAUUGGAUUGGAAAAGAUAUUUUGAUGAAUGAUCUGGUAGUCUACGACAAAACUGAUCAUCCGCAGAUCAACUCAAACAUCACAAUAGGACAGAUCUUCAAGUACUACUGGGGACUCAUAACUGUCAUCAUCUUGGUAGCCGUCAUCACCAUCUUCCUGCCCUUGUGCGGUCUGUUCUUCUGUUGCUGCCGCUGUUGUGGCAACUGCGGAUCGCGGCCGCAGCCCUGCGACAAGAAAAGAGACCUUUGCAGCAAGGUGAUCCAAGGAACUCUGUUGAUUCUGUUGGGAACGGCGAUGCUAUUCUGCGUGGUCUGUGCUUUUGCCAGUAAUCAACAACUUCAAGAUGGCGUUGACGAAUUUCCAAAAAAUAUUGAGGUUGCAAAAAGCGAUUCCAUUGCAUAUCUAAAUAGUACGCGCUCCCAGGCCACAAGCUUGUGUGUUACGAACUAUCAAGAAUUUGCUGAUGUAUUCAAAAAUACUAUUCAAGAAUCUGGAUUACAUGUCAUGCAACAGCUCACGAUAUGGAGUAACGCUACUGCUAUGAUGGACUUGUGCACUUUUAUUAACAUCACCAUUCCAAAUGUAUCUGAGAACUUGCGUAUCUUGAAAGAUGAUACAAAUAAUUUGAGAGCAUCAGCCUCCCAACUGAAUGAUGCCAUGAGAAAGGUGAAGAAAGAUCUACUCAACACACUUCAAAUCUGCAGUUUGGAGGAUUGUAAUGAAAUCAAAAAUAAAAUAGCCAAACUUCAAACCAACAUUGACUUCAAUAAGAUUCCUGAUGUGAAACCAACUAUUGAAGAACUAGACAAAUUUAACACCAAGGAAAUGAGAGAUGCUGCAGUGGAGGGAAUGAAUAAAUUGGAUAAAAUUGAAUCGGACAUCAAGAAUAAAUUGAAUACUACCCUUGGUGACGCAAUUCAUCAGGUCGAUAAGGCAGGUGACGAAAUAAAAAAAUAUGCAUCCAAUGUAACGGACUUAAUAUCCGAUAUUCAGAAAACAAUAAAAGAUAUCAACACUGCAACUGUCCAUGAUUACAUCAAAAAUUAUGGCCCAUACAGAUAUUAUGGAAGUAUAGCGAUCAGCUGCAUCCUCCUAUCAGUUACUGUUUGCAUAGCCCUAGGUCUGAUUUGUGGCAUUUGUGGAAAAAGGCCUGAUGGAUAUAGUGAUAACUGCUGCAAUAAGGGCGCCGGGAAUCAGUUUUUAAUGUGUGCUGUCACGCUGAUGUUCAUAUCUUCCAUAGUAAUAGGCGUGGUAACAUUAAUCACAAUGGUAAUAGGCCUAACAACUGAUAGAGUAGUAUGUGACACAAUAAAAAAUCCCAGUUCUUCUACUGUCAUGGAGUUACUAGAAAGAGUUGCCAAGCAGCAAUUGUCGAAUUCAGAUUUCAAUGUGAGCCUCGGAAGUGUUCUAGAAAAGUGUUACAGAAAUGACAGUAUUUACAAUGUCCUCAAUCUGAAGGAUAAGUUUGAUAUAGACACAAUAAAACAAAAUUUCAAUGUAUCGAAGUUUUUGGAUGAUAUGAAAUCCCAAUUGGACAAAAUAGUCGGUAAAGACUUCGUCAUUUUAGAUCCUACAAACGAAGCAACACUGAAAAAUUUGGCCGAUCUCAAAGUGGGCAUUGAUUUCGAUAAAUUCCAAGAGGAGCUGAAAGAUAAUUUCACAAAUUUCAGCUUGAAUUAUAUAUCAAGUGAAUUAGAGAAACUCACAAAACAGAUGGAGGACGAAAGGUUCGAUAAUAUGAGACAUGAAAUUCAGUUGAGUAUUCUGCAUAUAAAUACAUACGACGAGAAAAUUCUGGUGCCAAUGAAAGACACUGCAAAGAAAGUUAUGGUUAUUGCAAAGCAGCUGGAUACAGACUUGAAAAUGAAUUCUACUUCUUUUGCAGAUGCAAUCAAUAAAAUGAUAAGUGAAAUUAAAGAUGCACAAGAAAAAUUGCGUACCGAUGGGGAUAAAAUUUUGCGAGAAGCUACAACAGCGUUUGGUGCUAUAGUUGAAAAGCAGGUGAACAGCUACUUGGAUAGGGUCACUCAUGUUAUUCAAAAUGAAUUAGGGCAGUGUGGCCCGAUAAGUACAGUUCUAAAUGCCACAUUAGUUGCAACUUGUGACAAAAUUAUAUUACCGUGGAAUGGAUUUUGGUUUACUUUGUUGAUCAGUGUGUUGCUCUUCAUACCAACAAUUAUCGUGUCUGUGAAAUUGGCAUCAUUGUAUAAGAAAUAUAAGCAGUAUGGGCCCUAUGUUGAAACAACAUCGUGCAUACCUAGGGAGGAUAGGGAGAGGAGCGAGUAUUUGUAUGAUGCCUAUGCUGAUCGUGGGGAUAGCAUCCCUCUCAACAGCAGAGGUGGCAAACGUGGUGGUAAAAAGAAGAAAGGAAAGAAAUCCGAUGAUAGGCCACAGAAUAUGGGGGGAGAAGUUGUAGCACGUGAAUAUACCGCUGCAUCUCAUCCUUCUGACUCUAGAUACGCAGACAUGGCUCCAAAGAAUUGGGAAGAAUUUCCGAAUGGAGGCCCCCCUCAGUACCAAAGGGCACCGACAGAAUAUGAACGACCUCCACCCUACUACUAUCCUGGAACAGCUGACCAGUAAUGAGAUUGUUAGACUGCUUCUAACAAAAACAAGAAAAAGCUGAAUAUGUACAGACUGACUUGGACGAGAUCUAUAUCAUCACUAUACUUGAUGCACUGAAUGGAAUAUUGCAAUUUUAAUGUGAAGCGAGCACAACAUGAUUUAGUGAUGAAUGAUUGUUUUCAGAUUUAUUUACUAGUUUCAGUAAUCAUUUAGAAUUCUUUUCUUUUCUAAACCAAGAUUGUCAAUUUUGCUCAAACCUAGCAAAACCAAUCAAACUUCAUAGUUUAUAUAAUAUUAAUAUGGUUAUUGUGAUAUUUUUAGAUUUUAUCAAUAUUUCUGUAGUCCUUCGGUAUAUUAGUCUAGAUGGAAACUGCCUUACAGACUCAUGUAAUCAAUACUACUUCAUUGAUGGAUGACUGAUCGCAGUUUCUAAUAUAAUCGAACAAUAUAUGUGGUGUUUAGACGUAUUAAACACUUCUGACAUGGCUAGUCAGUGAACAAAUAUAAUAUUCUGUUGUGCAAUCACUUUUGAGAUUAUAUUACCAUGAAAUUAAACUGAUCACCAUGGGCGUCGCCACUGCAGCCUUGCCUAUCACCUAUCUUCUGGCACAUCAAUUGAAGAAAUACAGAGUGGGGCAUCUCAUACGACGCAUAAAACUUUUUAUAUAUCUAUAGUUGAGAGAUUUCAUAUAACGAAGAUCUUCUGUUUAAAUAGUUUACGAAUAACUUGAUGACAUAAACUUACUAAAACUUUUUAUAAAUAGACAACUUUGUGCGUGAUGUCUCACCCUGUAUAUUGAAUUUAUACGUGUAAUCGAAAAUUCACUUCGUCACACAAAAAUGGUACACGCAAUUGUAAAACAAUAACUGAACAUAAUUUGAACUGGGAUCCGAAGUUUUCAGUAGGUAUCUUAGUACCUAUUGUAACACGUAUGUGGUUGUAAUGGUUGCAUUCUUGAAAUAUAUGUCCAAUAUAAGAGAGUUUUCGAUUGCCGACCGGUCGCGACCACUUGGACCACACUUCGACCACAGGGUUUUGAUUGAUGACCAUAUUGACCGAACUUCAAAUGGUUACGUUUUUUAUGGAAGACCAAGGCCGACCGAUCCAAGACCACUACAUCCGGUCUUUUUGAUGGUCGAUGCGGUUCAAAGAUAUAAAGUAUAAUCUCAAAACAGCAAAUUACUAUAAAACUGGGAAAGGGCAUCUGCAGGCUUCAAAAUUCAGUGACUUGAACUGCUUAUAUUUCAACAAAAGUAGCAUUACAUCUUCGCAUGAUUCACUUGAGUGCAUUAGUACUGAUAUAUUCAGUUCAAAAUUAUUAUUUCAUUCAAUAAAAUCUGUUUCGAGGAAUCAAAUGAUUCAUAUAUGUAUAUGAUUCCUAAUAUAUCUGGUUUAUGAGAUGGCAGGUAACAUGUUAUUUUCAGUAUAUUAUCAACUGAUCAGUGAAGAUUACGGUUUUGAAGGUUUUUGCAUACAAGUGACCGGUCGAAACGAUUCGUAUUUGUCAUUGUGAUUAGUCACGACACUAACGACCAGUCGGUCAAGCCGGUCGACAACCAAAAACUCUACCUUUUAUGAUGUUCAAUGUUUUCAAUUUAUUUCUGAGAUACUACAUUUUAGUAACGGGUAGGUUCAGCAGAUGCAAGAAGCAUGUCGCGGUUGGAUGGUGUUAGCGUUUAUAUUGCAGAAGUUACUAGAAGUGUCAAAAAGUUAUUCAGAUAAGUUGUUUGAAAUCAAAAUAUAGGCUGGUAUCUCAAAUUAGUGGGCCAAGGAUUUCAAAUUUGCUAUCGGAGCCUAAUAGUUGAUUCUAAACAACUUUGUUUGAUAACUCUUUGAAAAAUUCUCAUCUGAAAAUUUGAUCUUUCAUAAAUAUUCCAAGACGAUCAUCAUCCACACUUUUAUCAAUCAAUUUCCAAGAAAAUGUAUUUCAAACAACUAGAGAAGAAUUAGUCCAGGGAAUUGAAGAGGCUUCAAAGAAUCAAACUUUCUUCCACAAAUGAUCGAAUCACUCAUAAUUCUAUGUUAGAAAUCUAUUGAUGCUGUUAGAUUAUGUUCAAAUAACUGCUGUAAUUCCGAUUUUACCUGAGAACACUUCAGUAAUGUAAUUAAUGAUUCAUCAGUUUUUGCAAAAAACACGAGAACUGAGAAAAACAUGUGAACAAAUAACAUACAACAGACAGAAAAACGAACAAACAGGUAUCUUAUAUUUUCAAUCCUACUAUUUAUUGUUUCAGUUAGACAAGUUAAACUUGUUUUGAUGGAUAUCAAUUUCUCAAGAUUGCACAUCACAAUUGUUUUAAAUUCGUAUCAAUUGAAUAUGUUUCAAUUAUAUAUCGUCGUUGUGUGAAAAACUAAUCAUAAUUUUGGGUGUUUCCUGUUUGCUCCGCUGAUAACCAUAACCGCAUUCUUUGGUUGUCAAUGAAGUAAACACAUUACCCUGAAGUAAUAUUUCUGACCCCCCUAUCAAAUCUUCCGGCGACGCCCAUGCUGAUUACUUGAUUGCCAGAAUGUUGACAUAAAGACAUUUUUGAGAUUUAUGAAGAAUAAUCUCGAAAUAAGCAGUGGAUGAAUUAUGUAUUUGGAAUCUGUAGAUUGAUGAAUCAUAAAAUAUUUUUGAAUAGUAGGUAUCUAUGUAAUCAUAAUCUUCAUAAGAAUGGAUCUAUUACUAUUUUAAUGCCACCAUAUCUCUAUUGUUUGUAAAAUUUAAGUUGAAUUGACUUUUUUAUGGUUGGUUCGUUUGGGCGAUAAUUUCAUAGUAGAAGUAGGCGUUGGAGUAGCUACCCAUGGAUGUAUGUUUUAUGGAAAUUGACUAUUUUUGGAACCUUGCCCUGCUCAGUAGAAAAUUGGUUGAAUAAUUCUUGUUAUAAUCAUAUUUGGAGUUUUCAAGUUGUUUUGUUUCGUUAAAAUGUUUAAGAAAUGCAUUGGCAUGAAUAAGAAAGAUAAUUUUCAUAUAUGUAUGUUAUAUCAUUCAAAUAAUAAUAAUGAUGAUAGUAAUAAUGUA